UCAGCUCGGUUUUUCAGAAUUGGCCAAAGCUUAGGCUACAAACACUAUGACGUUUUGGAAAAGUUUCCUGUUUUUAUGUUGCGAUAGGAUUUUGCAAGAACUCAAACUAACGCGUUAAAACACAUUAAAAGAAAACGUUUAAAGAAGCCUAUGGUAUCAGGAAAACCUCUGCAUGAAAAGUUCGAGGACAUGAAUUUCAGCCUCCCUGAAGAUGUUAACCGUUAUUGGUGAGAUUAACAAGUAAAAUGCUAACAUCCUGUUUUUUUUUCUCCAACUUGGAAGUUUGAGAGAAAUGACAGCGGGGGAAGUAGCAGCGGAAUGCAGCACCGAUGUUUUGGUCAGUUUCGCCGAGUCCCUUCAUAUCUACUCGGGACUGCUGACCGUGGCGACGGUGUGUGGAGGGCUGUUGGGAAUAUUAGCUGCUGCUCUCCUGUUUUUAUUCUGCCUUAAGCCGUUAUUACUGACGAGACAAGGUUAUAACGCGAGGAGGCUGCUGGAACCUGAUGAUGGGGAAGUUGACAACAACCGAAGUGACUGUGUCAGCAACAGCAGAAAAGAGGCUCCAAGUGGCACCACUAAUGACAAAGAGAAGAAGCAGCCACCCAUGAACAGUGAUGUGGCUGCAUUUGCAUCCAGAGCGAAGGUGGUUUACCCCAUCAACCAAAAGUACAGACCUUUAGCAGAUGGCGCGUCCAACCCAUCACUGCAUGAGCACUCAAAGUUGCCAGCAAUGCCUAAUGAGGAUUCAUCUUCCUCUGUGGAUGGGGAGUCCCUGAGCCAAGAGCAGGACAACGAUGACAGCAGUCAGUUUAUCUCCACCUCACUGAUCCCCAAGAGCCUGCAGAACCAGAGUUUCACCAGGGUCUCCCACUACCCCCACACACUAACACAAACAGGUUUUGAGGGCAGGAUCAGUCUUUACUGUUUGGCCCUGCAGGAUAUACAACAUCACAGCUCUCAGCUUCAGGAAGAAAAAUAUCUGAUUUUUCUACAGAUGGUGAAAAUAAUAUUCAGCUGUCGGUUCCCAAAAGACAAAAAUGAUGCAGACUUCACCAAGAACCUUCUUCAGACACAAGAAGAGGAACUGGAUGAGUUAAGGAAGCAGCUGCCAGCAGCCCAGACGGUCAAUGAGAAGAGUCAUGAUACUCCAUGUUCUCUGGAAGAGAUUGAAAGAGCUCAGAAAGAUCUCCUUGAGCGCAAUCUUCAAAUGUCCAAAAGUUUCAGCAGGCAGGCAGAGGAUUUGUGUCAGCUCCUCCUGAAGAAGACCAGCAUUUUCCCUCCAGAUGAAGCACAGAAUAUAAUUAUCUCUCUCAUUCAGACACUCCUGUUAGUAGAGAACAACCUGAUGAAGUUACAGGAAGCUGAUCUGCAGAGAACGCAGGAGAAGUUGUUGUGGUGGGAGGAGUUGACCGGGUUUGUUCAGUCCCAGCCUGCCAUACUAAACAGGGAAGUGACUCUGAGACAAGGCUUGAUCACCACAACAUUGGAACAGCUGACUAGUGAUGACAUCUUAAAAUUUUGCCAUAUGGAAAGGAUAUUAUCAGACAUUCAGGCCACUCUGACCGAAGGCCUUCAACAGUGCACUGAGGAGUGCACAAGGAAGACAAAGGAGCUGGUUAACGAGAAAUGCAGCAAAAAAGAGGCCAAGAGGAGGAAGCUUCAGAGGAGUCAGAUGAAGGAGAAGAGUCGAGCCCUGGAAAUGAGACAGACUCACACUGACCUGCAGGCACUCACCACAGUGUACCAGGAGUUACUGAUAAAACACAGGCAGCAGAUUUCUGCAUUAGAGCUGCAGCAGGACAACGAUGUUGCUGAGGCCCUCUGUGACCUGUGGAAGAAACUUCGUAGCCACUGGUCAAAGAGGUUCGGGGAACUAGCCAAAGACAUCUUUUUCACUUCUGUUCCUGCCCAGACAAAGCUCACAGCUGAAUGCUGUGAGAAACUGUGGCUGGAUCUGGAGCAGGAGCUGGGAGCUCAGCUGCAGCAGGUGGAGUGCACUACCAAACAACAGCUGGAGGACAUUAGGGUUGACUUGGAUAAAGAUAGACAGGUGUGGAGUGAAGAGACUGCUCUGGUACAGGCUUGUCUGAAACAUCUGGGUGAACAACAGAUGAAGAUCCUCCAGGAUAUAGUGGCCAGACAGAGCUACUCACUGACCAGCCAAAUAGGAAGGCUCAUAGAAAGGAAACAUGAGCAUCUUUUGGUGGUGGUGCAGAGGUGCUUUGUGGUCAGACACUUUUGUCUCCACAUACUGAAGGAGAUGAGGCUGUCCAAGCUGAAAGUACUCUCUCAGACGGAUUUCAGAGCUUUGCUAUGGGAGGAUCCCAGUAAAAACCAACCAUGUGUUAAUUCAGCUCUUAAGAAUAGCAGUGUCAGCCUGGCAGAGAGACAUCUGGACCCAGAAAGCCAGCUGUUGGGGAAUAACCUCCAGCAGGAGUUCUUGUCUGAGCUGGAAACAGCUGCUGAGCUUCUACAGAGCCAUGCACAACUGGUGCUGGGCAACGCCCUCAGCCACGCCAUCCAGCAGAGGAUGGAGGCUGCAUCCACACAGUCGAAGGCUUUUUCUGAACAGGAUGAUAACUUGAAAGUCCAGUUGAUAGAGGCAGCAGCAGAAAGUGUCUACGUAACCAAAGACUCUCUAAUAGAACUGGUCCAAAACUACUAUUCCCAUUUGCAGAACAUCACCAGGAAACUGCAGCUGGAUCAGUCAAACAUAAACCAGGAGAUCAGUAAAAAGAAAGACAACAGCAGUCAGCUGAGCAAAGCCUUACUCAGAGAGCUGGUGAACUGGGGCAAGAAACCUGCUUCUGCCGAGUUUCAGCAGAGAGUUGAACUAAAUAAAAGGAAGCUGUUGGAGCAGACUGAAUUGGAUCAGGAGAUGAUGUACGAGGAGUUGAGGCAAAAGAAAACAGCCCAAGAUCAAACAAUGGAGAAGGCUAAAACACAGUUAAUGGAGGCAGAAGAAAGCUUCAUAUCUGAGCUGGCUGCUUUGGCCCGCAUUUCUGUCCACAGUCCAGAUCCGGAGCCUAGUGGUGAAGAAGACAACACUGGUGAUCAGAGUACCACGAUACUGGAUCUGCUCGCCAUGAACCCAGCAUUAAAUCCAGCCUUGAAUCCAUCUCUGACUCCAACCUUUGUAACUCCAGUGAGAAAAUCAAAACGAGAGCGGGAGUCUCAUCUCAGCUAAAAUUUGUACAUAAUACUGUGAACAUUCAGACAGUAAUACUCUGUAAAAGAUGGACUUUUUUCUCUAGUGAUGCCAAUGUUAUUACAAGAAUGCCACGGUUUGUUUUUACUUUAUGUAUGUAUGGACUGCAGUGUUGUUGACUGGAAUUUUAUCCUGAUAGUCUCUCCUUUUCCAAAUGUACCAUAAAUUAAUACCACUGAAAAAUAGCUAA